AUGUCGUUGUCCUUUAUUCCCUUGGUUGGGUUACCUCGUCGCUCCCGUCGACGAUGUCCGCGUCUUCACUCUGUAAAGGCCUCGAUGCCAUCCGUUGUGAAGGUAGGCAUUUUAGGGGCCUCUGGUUAUACUGGUGCUGAACUUCUUCGGCUUUUGGCCCAGCAUCCACGAGCUGAAGUAUCUGUUUUGACGGCUGACCGGUCUGCGGGAAAGGAAAUGGGUGCUGUGUAUCCGCAAUUUGCUUUCGGAGCUUUUGGAAAAUCUCUGCCUACACUUGUGAGGAGCGAAGAUGUGAACUGGGCAUCCGCUGCCGAUCUCGUCUUUUGCUGCUUACCACACGCGACCACACAAGAUAUUAUCGCGUCGCUGCCGCUUUCAUCGGGGCUGCGGGUCGUAGAUCUAUCGGCAGACUUUCGCCUCCGCGACCUUUCUUCGUAUGAGCGGUGGUAUGGAGGGAAGCACCGUGCUCCAGUUUUGCAGAAAGAAGCUGUCUAUGGUAUCAGUGAGCUUUUUAGAGAGAGCAUUCGUGAUGCCCGACUUGUCGCGAAUCCUGGUUGUUACCCUACUACUGCCCAGCUCCCAUUAAUCCCUCUACUUGAAAAGCGUUUGAUUCUGCCAACCGACAUUAUCAUCGAUGCAAAAUCCGGUAUAUCUGGCGCUGGACGGUCUCCUACGCAAGGAACAUUGUUUUGUGAAGUGGCGGACGGAAUAUCUGCCUAUGGUGUGGCCAGUCAUCGGCAUAUGCCAGAGAUUGAACAGGGCCUGACGGACGCGUACGGAAGCCACGAUCCCGUACGGGUGUCAUUUACUCCGCAUCUUAUGCCUAUGUCGCGUGGUAUCCUCGAGACAAUAUAUGUGAAAACCUCAUCCGGAGUGGAUGCUGAUCAAAUGCGCAAGUGCCUUGCAAAUCGAUAUGCAGAUGAGCCUUUUGUGCAUGUACUGCAAAAGGGUGUGGCUCCUCCGCAAACUCGUCACGUGCGCGGUUCUAACAACUGCGUCAUUCAGGUCAUGAAUGAUGCAAUCUCAGGACGGGCCAUCAUAAUUUCAGCUCUUGACAAUGUUGUCAAAGGGGCAUCAGGACAAGCAAUUCAGAACAUGAACAUAAUGUUUGGUUUUCCAGAGACAAUGGGAUUGGAGUGCCAACCAACGUUUCCCUGA